AGUAGACUUGUUGGAAGUUUUAAUCGCUUAGCCGGUCUUGCGUUAGAUUGAUCUUUUUCCUGUAACAUUUUUUUUAUAAUUCGUAAAUUACAAACCAACUUUCAGCUUAAGCUAAUAUUUUCAAGUAUGCUUUUGUCAGAAACUGCUUUAUUUUUCUGCUUUAUUUUUUUGCUAAUCAUUGAUCUCGAAUUGGUACGAUCAAAGUUCGCAUCUCAAAAUCAAGAAGAAAAAUUAGUAAACUUUCUCAAGUCAACUCUUACAGUGCAUUCUCCACACCAAGAUAUGCUGAACAAUUCGGUUUUUCCCGAACUAGAUUUGUACCAAGUCGUGAAUGUCAACGAAAACUUGGAGCAACUGACUGUCAAGUAUUUUUUCUCGUACUAUUAUUAUGUCACCUCAGCUGCCUGGAAUCCGAAUGAUUUUAACGGCGUGAACAAAAUGACUUUCGAAGCAAACACUUUUUGGAGUCCGGAACUAGUGAACGAGGGGGUAAUUGAGGAUGUCUACUCCACAAAUGGCAACCAGAUAGUCUUCUCAGAUGGCAGAAUAGUCACAACACACACUCUGACCAUUUUCACUUAUUCAUGCAAAAUGGAGUAUGCUCUGUUCCCAUUCGACGAACAGAACUGCCCGAUGUACAUCUCCUCGUGGGGAAGCAACGGCAACCAGUUCACUGUUGCCAUUGACUCAUCGGACCCUGUUUUGGGCGAGUUGUCCCUUUCACACUUGAACGAGAACCCCCAAUGGCAAGUGCGCAGACCAGUCGAGUACCACAUCAAGACAUACAGGGACCCCAGAACAGACGAGCCAUACUAUGACCUAAUUCGAGUGGACCUCAAACUGAAACGAGACCCUGCCUUCUUCCUCUCAAUUCUAGUCUUUCCCAGUUUCGGAGUCUACAUUCUGUCAACUUUUGUUUUCAUAUUACCAGUUCAAUCAGGCGAAAAAAUAACCUUCGCUUCCGCUAAUUUGUUGGCCCAGGUGUUGACUUUGGGCACCGAGGUUGCAAAUAAUCUACCGAGGAGUUCGGAACAUUUUCCCGUGUUCGGAAACUACAUGGCUGUCAUGAUUAUUCACAUGGCGAGUUCGCUGAUUGCGACUAUUUUCAUUUAUAACAUCUACUUCAUUGGAAACAACGGUAGAAAAGUCCCCGAGUGGCUUUACAAAGUGCUGCAGGACGAACACUUGUCGUUCUUUUUCAUUGUACCUUUACACCCAUCAGAAGCCACUAUCCGAACAAAAGCGGUGAAAGCUUCGGCAAAUUACUCAAUAAUGGCGAACGAAAACGAAAACACCGAAGCCGAAACCACGAGUCGAUCUCGGGAACCCGACAGCAGCUCGACUCAAGUCGUAUCGCUUGAUUCGGAAAUCGAAGACAGCUGUGAAACUUUACAGGAGAGACGAAUUCGAAAUUUGAUGGGCGAAGUUCCGGUGAAAAUCGCCGAAAAGGAUAAUUUAGCUCCAGUUUGGAUGAAGUGCUCUGUUUUGGCUGACAGAAUAUGUUUCUGUUUAUAUCUGAUUGUGGCGACAUGUGUAGUUGCUUCCUAUUUCGUAACUGUCUUAGUUGUCAGAAGUCCUUGAAUCGAACAUUUUUUAAUAGAAAUUAAUGGACAAAUGGACAAAUUAGCAUUGUGGGGAACUAGGAUUUUAUUACGAGUGUUUGGUUAGGGCUAUUUGCAGAAAAAUUGUUUUCUUUCUCAUUUCAAUUUUUUCCCCUCAUAUUAAAGAAUUUUAAGAUCAUUCGAAUUGAAAACUCGAACGAA